UGGAAGCAGCAUCCCGGCAUCAACCUCCACUUGUUCUUCCCCGUUAGAUCCUGCAUCUCAAACGACGGAGGGAUACGGGCUGCAAGCCUAUCUGCGGAGUUUCUGGCAUGAGAAUUAGACCUCCGACUUCUCUCAGUAGAUUUGGUUGGGCCGGGCCUCUUGUCGUACUAUAUCGCGCCUCACGCUCUGAAAGCCAACGGUCCAUAUCCCAAUCUUCUAGGCUUCAGAAGUUCGGUCUGUACAUGGCCAAAGCUUUGAUCCUUGCUUCAACCCAGAGAAUUUCACGAUCUGUCACUCUUCGCUUCAUCGGACGAACUCCGACAGUCAGUCAGCCUAUAUCGUGACGGCCUUUUCCGUCGAGAUAGCAUCUUCGACCUCCUUCCUUUUCUUUCCCCCCCCCCCCCCUUUUUUUUUUCUAGAGCCAGUCAGUAGCCUGCCAGGGCUGUUAGG